AUGGCUGACCCCGAGGAUGGCGAGGAUCUCUUCGCGGAUCUUUACGAUGCCGACGAGUCGACCACUCGCACUACUGCUCCAGCUGAAGCUCCAAACCCUAUUCAAGAAGCUCCUCCUGCUGCACCCGCUAUGAAUUCCGGCUUGGAUUUUGCCCCCGCCCCUGUCGAGUCCCAGGAAUCGCACAAUGCCGGCCAGGCCUCCGACUAUGACGCCGGCUAUCAUAAUGGCCAUGGAAAUGGUCAAGAAAACGCCUAUGGUGCUCCUAUGCAUGCUCAGGUGCCCCCUGCUGAGCCUGAGUCUCAUGGAACCGGCAUCAAAGAAGACGGGAAAAUGUUCAUUGGAGGUCUGAACUGGGAGACUACCGACCAGUCUCUGCGUGAUUAUUUCUCCGAGUUCGGUGAAGUCCAGGAAUGCACUGUCAUGCGCGACAGCGCCACCGGUCGCUCUCGUGGUUUCGGUUUCUUGACUUUCCGCGACCCUAAGACUGUCAAUACUGUUAUGGUCAAGGAGCACUACUUGGAUGGCAAGAUUAUUGAUCCCAAGCGUGCUAUCCCUCGUGAUGAGCAGGAGAAAACCAGCAAGAUCUUUGUCGGUGGUGUCAGCCAGGAGGCGACCGAGCAGGACUUCAAGCAAUUCUUCAUGCAGUUCGGCCGAGUUGUUGAUGCUACCCUUAUGAUUGACAAGGACACAGGCCGUCCCCGUGGAUUCGGAUUUGUGACUUUCGACAGCGAAGCCGCGGUGGAGAACGCCCUUUCUCGUCCCCUUGAAAUUCUCGGCAAGCCCAUUGAAGUCAAGAAAGCGCAGCCCCGUGGUAACCUGCGCGAUGAUGAUGAUCGACGUGGCGGCCGCCGUGGUGGAUAUCGUGAUAUGAAUCAAAAUGACGGACCAAGUGGACAGCAGGGUGGACAGCAGGGAGCUGCCGGUGGCAUGACCCCUCAGAUGAUGGCCCAAUACUGGCAACGUAUGCAGCAAUACUUCGCCAUGAUGCAGCAGCAAAUGGUGGCCAACCAGGGUGGUGGCAUGCCUAACAUGAACAUGGGUGCUAUGAACCCGGCCAUGAUGCAGCAGAUGCAGCAGAUGCAACAAAUGAGACAGAUGCAGAUGGGUAACCAGCAGCAGGGCAGCAUGAGCCCCAUCCCCCAGAGCCCUGGCUCCCAGCAGCAGAUGCCAAACAUGGGUGCCAUGAUGCAGAGCCAGCCCAGCAACGGCGGCAGUGACAAUGCCAGUCCUGGCCCUAACGCGGCCACUAUGGCUGGAAACUACAACAACGCCAAUGCCAACGCCAACCGCCAGACCGGACCCGGCUACAACGCCCAUGAGCAGAUCGCAUUCGAGCAACAGAAGUACGAGCAGCAGCAAGUCCGCCGCACGAUGGACCCCCGAGGAUACUCCCCUUACCAGCAGCAAGGUGGCCCUACCUCCUGGGAAGGCAUGUACGACGAAGUGCCCCAGCCCAACAUCCCCACUGGACCUGCAGGUAUGAGACGCGUCGGAAGUUCUGGUAGUGGAACCACCCCGCAGCCCCAGGGCACCGCACCCGCCAAUGCUCCCACAGGACCUCGCAAUGCAGGCAAGCCCGGUGCGAACUACCGUGGCGGCGGCCGUGGAUCUCACCGUGGCUACCACCCAUACCAGCGUUAA